UCGAAAACGUGUAACAAGUACAAUUCCCUCGAAGACGCUGAUGAUUUGUCAGUAUACGGAAGCACGUGCAGUCUCAACUCUUCAAUCUACGAUUCUACUGUGACGGAUGGCCGCGACAAUGAUUCACCUGUCUACACGCCCCUAGCGUCGCCCAUACUUGAUCGUUUCUCCCGUCAGAGUUCGUUAGUAGACAGCUUACUAGCUGAGAUAUAUUCGAGUCGGACCAGAAGAAGUUCACACCGCCGACUGACAGAAGAUUUGACAGACUGUCUUCCGGAAUCCAACUCGGUCAUCGGAGGUGGGACCAACUUCGGUUGUGAAAAUAGUGAUCGCUCGUACCUAGAGCAGCUCAGUGUUGUGGAACUGCGAGGUCUCGCUAAGAGAUGGGCUGCUCGAGUGCGCGAGACUUCGACGCGGCUUCUAGCCACACUGAAACAGAGAGAGAAGUGUAGGAAUCAGGUAGACAAGAAUUGUCGUGUUGUGACGACAGUGUUGAAGUCGUGGCUUGGUAGGAAGGAGUCUACAAAGGCUGAAGUGCAUCGUGUUGAACCUGCAGAUAAUUCUGCUCUACAACUGAAGUUUAGUUUGUCCCCUAAUUAUGGAGAGAAGUCAUUCAGUAAGUGGACUAAAGCGGUCAAGGUGAUGACGCGACAUCCUGUGGGUAUUCCAGAUAUGCUUAGACCCAAUAUUUGGCUUUCCUUGGCUAGUUGUGGUCUACAGGAUGUUGACUGGCAGGAUGUGAUGAGAUUUGCUUUUAGCGAGCAUAGCAAUCCUGAUGACGAUGACUUGGGAAUACAGAUCGUGAAGGAUUUACACAGAACUGGUUAUAGUGGCUACUCAGCUGGCGACGCUAGCUCCAGCAAAUUGUCACUUAAGUGCGUUCUACUAGCUUAUGCACGAUGGAACAAAGAUGUUGGCUAUUGCCAGGGCUUCAAUGUGAUGGUUGCACUACUUCUUCAAGUUAUGGAUGGCCAUGAAGAAGAUGCGCUGAAGGUUAUGAUUUACAUUAUAGACCGGGUUAUGCCACCACACUACUUUUCGCGAAAUCUUCAUUCACUGCUCGCUGAUAUUGAAGUGUUUCACGGUCUCAUGCAGGCUCACUUGCCAAAGCUCUACGCUCAUCUCUUACAGUUACGUCUGCGUGACGACGGCGUGUCGGAUGCAAGAGAAUCUUAUGAACCUCCACUCAUCAACGUGUUUACUAUUCAGUGGUUUCUUACUCUGUUUGCCGUAUGUCUGCCUCUUGACUGUGUACUUCGACUGUGGGACUCUAUUCUGCUUGAAGGAUCAGAAGUCAUUCUGUGUGCUGGUCUCUCUAUAUGGAAACUGAUUUCUCCGAGGCUUAUGUCUCUAAAAUCAUCAGAUGAAUUUUACUCUGCUAUGGAAGAAAUAAGCCGUCAGAUGCAAGAAGGCACUGCUUUCGAGUCGAAUGAGUUGCUAGAGGAGAUGCAUGGAAUGGCUCGGUUGUCUAAUGUCAAAGAAUUACGAGAUAAGUAUACGUACAACGUUAGUCCAUUUCGUCCUAUGUCUUCUUCAAUGCCUAGCGGUGAUGUUGAACUUAGUUCAGUGGGAUGUUUAAAUUCGUUUUGGCCGCACCUGUCACAGUGGAACUUUCCAAACCGCAUCCUUAAGAAAAGUUUGUUACUUAAACCAAACCGAAAGAGUCUCCGUGGAACACAAAGCACAUAUUCUGCGAAUAAAACCAUCGAGCCUACCAGUGUUGUUGAGCUUCAAAAGAGGUACAAAGAAGUUCAACAUCACCAUCAAAAAGCUAUAGUCUUGGUUGACAUGCAAGGGCAGAAUAGUGUUCGUAAGCCAUUGCUUGACAGCAAGUCGACUGCAGCAGCAAUAGUAAAGGUAAAGGAAGAUGUUGGGGAAGAAGGUAGAGUAGACGCAGCCGCAACAAGCAGGAAAUCGGUUGGUCUCGAACUUGUACAUCCAUCUAUUGUGAAAUCAUUUCCACAACACAAGGAGCAACCAAGUGGACAUAGACGGCCGUUGAGGUCCAACCUACAUGGUUAUUCGCAGAGAGACGUAGGCUCAGAAGAGGUGACGUUGAAUCUGCCAGGACAAGAAGUAAACUCUCUGCGACUGAAUGUGGACUUGGCUGGACUUGCUGGCGACUCACGUCAUGGCAGACCAAUAAACCAUUUGAUUGACUUUCUGCCGCACAAGCAACGAAUUAACAGGAGGCGUGAUCAUAAAUGUACCAGUAAACCAUCGUCGACAAUGGUGUCUGCUUUUCAUGCACGCCAACUACAGAAUGAAAGGUUGGGUUUAAUACCACCGAAUUCAUCAAAGAGUGAUGCAUAUGCGACUUACAGGAGGCGUAUGAAUACUCAGUUGUCUUCUAUGCGUGCCAAGGGGAGAUGUCUUUCUUCCUCAUUAUUAGCGCCGUCGGGAGGAUCAGUUUGUGAUCGAUCAACUUUACCACUGGAACGAAGUGUGGUCAUUGGGAAAGGUGUCUCGUAUAAAACUGUUGUACACGUACCUCACAAUAAGAAGACACGUGAUGACAGUAAAGAUGAGAAUCAUCAUCAAAGAGGAAAGACGUUAGGUACUGUUGAUACUACAGCUUGUUCGACAGUUAUGGCUGUUGCUGGAGAUGAUGACUCAUCGUCGAGUUUAAGACCUUGUCGGUUAAGGCUGAAUAUGAGAAAUGAGAAUGAGAAAGUGGGAAGGACGGGUGUGCUUACGAAAGUAGGGACAAGACGAAGUCCUCCUAUUGACUUGCUCGUCACAACAGUAGAGGACGACUCAGCAGCGGAACGUCAGGCAGAGGCCGCACUUCUUUCUGCCCGUCCUGAUCUUUUGAUUACGGUGGCAAGCAGUCAUAUAUCUUAGUCGGUUUAUGAUUGUGAAGAGGAAAGUGAAGAUGGAGAAAGAUAUGAGGUACCAUAAGAAAAACCUAGAAAUAGCACUCUAGAGAUUGGAGAGUUAGAGAAUUUUGGAUUAGGGUCGAGAUCUUACAAAUUAUGUAGAUGAACUGCUUAGUUGAGUUGCAAUGAGAACACUAGCUGUACUCAGAAAUACUGGAUUUAUAGAAAUAUUCUUUAAUUAAUGUCUGAGAAAUCGAACUAUAUACUGU